UGAUCCAAUAAUUUAAAUCCAGAAUCUCAUGCAAAAUAAUCAAUAUCUGCUCCUUUUGGAAAAGAAGAACCUUGGGUUACAACCUAGAGGAAUGUCAGACACUCAGAAUAAUAAUACUAUAUUUGAAUUUACGGCCGUUUAUCAAACAAAUGACUUAACCAAAGAACAUUAUAAAAAUGGUACAACACAACAAAAUAAUGAACAGAAACAACCAAUAAAUCCCUAUAUUAUAUAUAAACAUAUUGAAGCAGCAACAGAACAAAUCAAUAAUGCCACAUUUAAUUAUACAAAAGAGAUAAAUGAAAUUAUAUCGAAAUUAGUUCAUAAAACAUUUGAACAUAUAACAUUACAACAUGAUGAAAUUACAAAAUUACAAUCCCGAUUACAAUUACAAUUGGCUAAAACAAAACAGUUGCAAGAGAGUGCCAAACAGGAUUAUUAUCGAUAUGAUGUUAUAUUAGAUAAUAUUACUGAACAAUUAUACAAUAGAAAAUUAUUGAAGCGAGUUUUAAAAAAUUGGCAUGAUGAUAUUCGAACUGGUCCGAUCAAUAUAGCACGAGCUUAUAAUAUUAACAAUAAGCAGGUAAGUGAUGACUCGAUGGGCGAACAUGACGAAGUAGAAAGUAUUAAAACCUUAGAAAAUGAAAUAUUAAAGUUAAAAUCUGAAAAAUCGGUUCUAUUAAAUUCAGUAAAAAAUGCUGUAACACAAGGCCUAUCUUUUAUUACAAACGAAACGAUGAAAGCGUUAGAUCCCAAUGAGACAUCUGUUAAAAGUCCUUUAUCACAACAUUCAAGUAAAGUAGAUGAAUUUACUUUCAACAGUAAUCAGAAUAAUUCGAUACGAUAUCCACAGGAUAAUUGUCAAAUGUGUUCCUGUAAUUUAGAUUAUUUGUGCCAAAAGAAUUCAAACAAUACUAUGCCAAUGCAACACUGUAAUUGUAAAUCGAAAUUUACAUCGAUUUGUUGCGAUAACGUUCGACAGAUACAUGACUUUGAGCUUAAACAUGGCGAUAAAAAUGACUGCCUAUAUCAACAACCAAUGUUUGAUAAUCGUCUUCUAUCGGAUGGACCACAAUUCUCGUAUGACAUGAAUGGAUACACUUUUUGUAAUCGAUUCGGAGGAGGUGGGAAUAAUAAAAAUAUAAUACCUGUAUUUGGAAAACGACCCUACAUGCGUAUGCCACACAAUAAACGUAAAAAGAAGAACAUGCAACAACGGGGUAAUGCAAAAUUACAUAAGCAAGAAUCGACCGAUUUUAAUCAGCAAACAGAUAUACUAAAAAGUUCAAUAAUGAAUAAUAAGCGCAUAGAUGAAUUUAAAGACAGAAAGAUACUAGGCAAAACCGAUUCAGUCACAACAGAAAAAAUCAAUAAUGACAAUAAAACCGAAAAUGAUACAAAAGCAACGGAUACAGCAAUUUCAGCACGAGAAAAACUAGAGAAAGCUCUAUUCCGUAGUGUUGAAAAUUAUGAAUGUAAUUCAGAAUGUUGUUGUAAUUUACAAAAUGAGUCGAAAAACGAGGAACCAGCAAAAAUUGAGAGUAAUAAUUCCGAUAAUAUUUUAACGAAAUCAACCGAUGAUUUAAAUAGUAAACCGAUGGAUUAUCGCGAUGAUAAUAGCUCAGAACAUAAUUCUGAGAGUAAGACACAAAUUAAUUAUAUUGAACUAGCCAAUAAUACAACGUCACCUUCAUUACGACAACGAGCACAAUCUCCACGACAAACAGUGGCGAAUAAACAACAAGACAGUCCAAAAUUUAAUCAAUUUAAGACAAAAAUUGACAUAGCAUCAUUAAAAAAACAAUUUCAACAAGAACAAUUUCCAAAAGCUAAAACUAAUCCAAAUAAUGUAAAACGUAUGUCAAUGUCCGAUUGUGCUUUAUUAGAAAAAUGUACGUAUUUUCGUAAUAUAUCAGAAAAUUCUUCGCCCACUUUCCAAGAAGAACAGAUGGAAUAUAUUAACGAUUACAAUCGAACUGUCCGAAAAAAUUUUUUAUCGGAUGAUUUAAAUAAUAGCGAUGGAGGUAAUAGGCCUUCAUCGAACCGGAUUUUUAAUCGAACUGACAAUAAUCAAAAGAAGAAGUGUGCAUGCUUAAGUGUGUGCACAUGUCCAAUAUGGUGUACAUUAAAUAACAUUGAAGAGAAAGUUUUAAAAAAAACAUCAACAAAUACAUCACUUGAAAAUUCACCAAGAAGUGAUAAUCAAUGUAACAGUGAUUGUAAAUGUUUGUUUCGUGGUAUUCAUUAAAUAAUGAUGUGGGGUAUUAUUUUUUGGGGACUCUUACUGAAAAAACACAAUUUCCACUGAUUUGUCUGCAAAAGAUCUCAUUUAUUGUUGCUGCUGUUUAAAUGUAUUGUAAAUCUAUGAAAUGUUUUUAAUGAUAAUGA